CUUUGCCUUUCCGGCUACCAUCUCUGACCGGUCUAUCAGCACUGCUUCCCAAUCCUCCCACCGGUCGAGCUGCCCAACCGCCCAACCACAAGACCGGGACUCUUUCUUAAACUCGCCCGCAUCCCGCUUGAGCCCAUCGCUGCCUACUUCGUUCAUAGUCCAGCCUCGCGCGCAUACCCGACGCGCGCAACGUGAUGUGAAAGCAGCCAGCUGGCUCAGACACCGCUGACCAACCAAACCACCCGACUCUCUCCUUACCUAUUGCACCACCGCCAAAAAGGUCAUGGCCUACAACGAGGGCUACCGCAGCCCUGACCAGGCGCCCUACUCUUACGAUACCCAUCCAGACUCCCAGCUCCAUCCCUCUUCAGCCUCAUCGCACCACCAGAGACCCGCAGUUCCCUACUAUCAAGAGCGGUCGCGCGCCUCAUCCGACGCCCGGUCCGACAGUCCCCAGGCAGGCCAACCUGUCUAUGAUGCCGUGAACAAUGCUUUCGACCAGUCCGAUGCCGCCAGCCAUCUUGACCCGAGCCUCGUCGCGCAGAUUACAGAACAAGUUCGGAGGCAAGUCAUUGAUACACUGAAGUCGAGUGGUCAACUUCCUCCAAAGAGCUAUACAACGUCAAGUCAGGCGUACGCUCAGCCUUCUCCAGGAAGUUCUGUUGAAGCCUCGCUGCCACCACGCGACAUAUACACGCCUCCCUCCCCCAGCCGACAUGAGAGCAUACGUUCGACCGGCGGGUCCAACUCGCCGAACAACGCCGGGCAGGACACAUACUACUACAAAGCUGGUCGUGAAAGGGAAGGAUCAAACCCUAGAUAUGCUGGCAAACGAACUGGAUCGCCGACGGUAGUGGACUACAGCUCAACGUCACAAUAUACUACGCAAUCUCCGCCGCCUCAAACCCGGCCAAGUGUAGAGAGAAAGUUGACAGAGGUCGAGGAAACAGCAAUCGAGAAGACAUGGCAAGCCCUCUUCGACGCAAACGGACAACCUACGCCCAGACUGGGUCAGUUUUUGCGUGGAUUGGCUCUUCAUCUGAUCAGUGAUUAUGAACCGAAGCGUAGCCUUGUAGUCACUCCCGUGAAGAUGCGAAAGUUCUACGAGGAAGUCUUGUGUGAAGAUGAGACAAUUCCCUGGGAUACAAUUUUCGGGACUCUGUCCAACGAAUCCAUCUCAAAGAUGUAUAGGGACUUAUGCUGCCAACACCAUUUCGUACAGGACGAUGUCAACAAGAUACCGGACAUCCCUUCUCUGACACCAGAUGGCUUCCAGACCUGGAUGACGCUUAUGAUCCAGGCUGACCCUGACUUGGAGUUCAAGCGGCUCAGCAAGGCCGUCAAGUCGAUGCCCAUCAGCAAUGCUGAUGAUCUUAAGGAGCGCUUCCCAAAAGAACUUUCACGGCGACUCUUCCCUAAGGCAGGGAACACUCAAGCCCAUCAGCAUUGUGUCACGGCGCUUUCCGCUGAUGGCAAGAUCCAAAUUCGCUCCAACGCCUUUUCACCACCCCCUUCGAAUCAAACAGGCCAUUCAUACUCAGCAGAGCCGUGUGCGGUUAUCUCGGAUGAUUCGGAAAACGAACCAGCAACCAGUAUUCCGAUCGAGCGCGAACGAAAGCCAUAUUCGGCUCGCGAGGGUGGUGGAAAAAUUUACGAAGAUUUAUCCGCCAACAAAGGAAGCAUCGGCGGCGGCUCUGCCGAUAUUGCAAGCGGUGCGCGUCAGCCCCGCAGCCAGUCCAAUGCUUCCGCGACUGUGAACCCAUACCGGCCUUCUGGGAGCACCACGGGCAGUGAAUAUCCGCCCAAUACAGCACAAACGCGGCAGCAUCAUCGCAUGGCCUCUAACGUAAAUCCUUCUUCCCGUCGCCGUAGCCCGAGCUUCGGCAGCGGAAAUGACCGAUACGGAAGCCGCUCAGAGCCCAAUGUCUUAGACAUUCCGUCGAGUUACUACGCCAGCAACAUCUACAAUGAUCCGGUGGAAGAUGACCCCAAUGGCGCGAGAGCACGCUUCGCCAAGGAUGCUGAGGCGAGGCGCAACGAAUGGGCGAGAAAGCAAGCAGAAGAGGAUGCUGGCGGGAGCGCUCGAUCAUACACUUCCAGCAGCCAGGGAAGGCAUGGGACUAUCUAUGACGACGAGUAUUACCGUGGCCGUGCGGAAUACGAUAGCCAUGGAUACGGAGGUUAUCCGCCACCUCCUCCCAGAUACUGAGACGACGAAGGUUUGAUGACUGCCUUUGGUCUGAUCCGAGCUGAUCACUCUUCUUUUAUGCUUGCAUGUGUUUCUUUUCGAUUUUCAAUGGUCUCUUUGCAAAAACACUAACUCAUUAUACCCGCUCCAAGAAACAGGCUUUUCCUCCACCGUCACAUAAGUUCUCUCAAUUCAUUUUAUCGGAUUGGAAGUCGGAGUAUGCUUCUUGGCUUAUGUUUUUUCAGCAGUUUUCAUUUUAGUACAGUGCUCCAGCAAAUGCAAAUAGUUCUGAUGGAAGCCAGCGCUUCGCCUCAGUCAUUUCUUUUACUGUUUAUGCUUUCAGCAACGCG